UUUUGUUUCGGUCUCGUUAAAUAAAACAAAUUAAAGUUCGAAAAUUCGAAGGAACACUUCACAGUCACAGUGUAAAUAAUAUAUUUGUAACAAAACAGUGUAUUUUGAAGAAAGUGAUAACUUAAAAUUUUCAUAUAUUCAACAACAACAACUAAACGAAUUUCAAUGUGUCAACAAAAUUGAUUAAUUGAAAAUUGUUAAUUAAGUGAAGACGAGGAGGAGUUGGAGAAAUAGAUUUGUUUCUUACGUAAAACGAAAAAUAGAAAAGAAAAGAAAAGAAGAGAAGGUAGCAGAAAAAAAAAAUCAUAAUUAAUAAUUGGCCUGGGUUAAGGAAAAGGAGAAGGAAAAGGAAAGCGGAAAUGGCCGGCAGGCGCGCAAUUCUGCUUGGCAAUUAUGUUAAGUGGGCAAUUAGCAAUUAAGCAAGGAGCCGGAGCUGAGCGGCCCCUUAAUUGCGUCCGAGACGUGAAGGUGGUGGUCAAACGAACAUUGGAGGUGGAGCAAACGUGUUGACGAGAGGGAGGAAGUAAGAAAGGAAGGAAGGAAGGAAGGAAGUGCAAGAGCAAGGUGUAACGAAAGAAAGAAAGAAAAAGAAGAAGAAGAAGUCAUUUGAGAACUUCCUAAGUUGGAUGUAUGAUGUCAAUCUGAUCAAUUAUUAGAAGAAGAUAUCUGAUUAAUUGGAUAUAUAAAAGGGACAAGAUUUAUAUAGAACAAUAAUCGAUACAAUAAUAUUGUGAUAAAGAGAAACGUUUUCAUGUCAUCAUUCUAUUGUCAUCCAAUUAAAAUCGAUAAAGAUAAAAUUUCUUGACCCUUUAUUACCUGUUAUGAAAAUAAUUUAUCAUUGGAUCGGGUAUACGAAUUAUUUUGGAAUGUUCCUCGAGAUCGUUGGGAUCCCGAUGGAAUUUAAGAACGGUGGGAUUACGCGAUCGAGACAUUGGAUAAAGUGAAUGGUGAUUUUUAAAACAAACAAACAACAUUAUUUCUAAAACGAUAUCAAAGGUUUUCUUCUCGAGAUAAAUUCUCUAACAAGGGAAUAUUUUUAACGUUAUUUCUCGCUUAAUAUAGAUUUAACAAUUAAAACAAAGUAACACGGAACGAGAAUAAGAAGAAGAAGAAGGAAAAAUAAAUAUAAAUAUAAAUAAAUAAAAGUAGGGUGAGAGGUAGAAGUGUGAUAUUACUUCCUGGCGAAGGAAACAUUUCGUAUCAUCCGGCAAGAUUAUUUCUCCGAGGUACAGGACGAGUCCUGGCGUGGCGACAGAGGCACCAACGGGUGCCCUUAGCCCGAAGGAACCACCGACGUCCACCGUAAUGACGGUCCACCAUCAUCAGAACCACCACGUGGCGGCUCUCAGUGGCGUCGCCGUCGCCGGGAACGGUUUGAAUUUAAGCAGAAUGUCAUCAGGCCUUGAUCCACACAAUUUGGAUAACAUUGUUGAUAGAAAUGGUGGAGUAGGCAUGGAUCAUUUAUCCAAUGGUUUAGAUGCUAGAAACAAAAGUCACAAUAAUAAUAAUAAUAAUAAUAAUAAUAACAAUAACAAUAACAACAAUCAUAAUAAUAGUUUGCAACGAGGUAAUGCGUCUACGACAAUGCCACAAAGAUCGAGGUUCAUGAUCACCGAUAUUCUUGCCAGUGCAUCAAGCAAAGUACACCCGUCGGUUCUACCAGCAGCACAGGAACCACCUGGUAGCCCACCAUCCACGCCCAGGGAUCUAAGCGUUCGGCAUCAAUCGAAAUCGUCCUUGAGCAAUAGUAAUCUUGAUGAGGAUAGCGAUGCCAGUCACCACGAUGGUGCUUCCGUAACUUCCAACGGUGGUAAAGAAGAUGAUCCUAAAGGUUGCUCGUCCAGUGCCUUGAGUUCGUCUCAAAGCAAGAAGCAACGGAAAGCUCGUACGGCUUUUACCGAUCAUCAGUUGCAGACAUUGGAGAAGAGUUUCGAACGACAAAAAUAUCUCAGCGUACAGGAUAGAAUGGAACUCGCGUCUAAAUUACAGCUUACCGAUACACAAGUGAAAACGUGGUAUCAGAAUAGAAGAACAAAAUGGAAGAGACAAACGAUGGUAGGUUUCGAGAUAAUGGCUGAAAGUAAUUAUGCAGUAGCCGCAUUUCAACAAUUUUAUGGUACCGGAGCCGGUGCAGCUGUACCAACCCAUCCCGCAGCAGGACGUUAUUUUCCUUAUGCAACGAGUCAUCAUUUACCAUCGAAUCAAUUGUUUUAUCAGCAAGCAUCGGCUGCUGUUACAUUGCAGAAACCAUUACCGUAUAGACUUUACCCACCUACGAUGAUCCUAGCUGGACCAAGUGCUGGACCAUUUGGUUCGCUUGCAGCCAGCUCGAGUUUGUCAAGUUUGAGCAAUUAUUACCGUGAUAGUCCUGAAAUGGUUGACGAAAGGGAAAGGGAAAGUAGAAAGGACAGGAAGGAUAGGGAAACAAUGCAAAGGGAUAGAAGUAGGAGUCGAGAAGGUUCACCUAUUAGAAGAGAGGAUACUCCUGAAAGUAUAAAAGCAGAUAGCGAUGAAGAAAGUAUACACGAUAUUUAGGACAUAAAUGAUACGAUCGAUGAUAAUAUGAUCGGUCAAAUGAUUUCAUAAUUAUAAACACGACGAUAUUAUAUUAUAUAUAAGAUUCGUUUAAACAAAUCUCUUCUCCGAGAUAAUAGAAUAUUUCUAUACGAUGAUGAUUAAUAUGAAUUCAACGAGAAGAA